CCCAGCUCCACCGCAAGCAACAGCUCAGUCUCCCAGUGAGAGCCACAUGCUAUCACUGCUGCAGAUUUCAUCCACCUCCUCUCCUGCUGUAUUAGCUUGAAUAACUAAAUGCAGUAUCACUUCAAUUAUGGCUGACAGGACUCCAAUAUGCUUCAUAUGCAAAAGAAGUGAGGAGUCAUCUACACUUAAAUCCUUACAAGAUGCCUACCUAAAUACUCUGAAGUGUGCAGCUGACCGCCGAAUGGUUCUCAAAAAUGACAAAUAUGGCGAUGUUACUAAAGAGAUAUUAAAUGCUGUAGGAACAGAGGGACGUCUUUACCAUUCACAGUGUUUAAGCCAGUACUCAGCUGUCAAGCGGUGGAGCUCAGUGGUGACUGAGCAAAAAGAGCCACCAUGUAAAACCACUCGUUCAUGCUCUCCUCUACCUCCCACAGACAAUAGAGGUGUUUUAGGACAACAAUGUGUUUUCUGUGGUAAGCCUAGGAAGAAGAUAAAGUCACAAAAUGAACCCCUUCAUCUCUGUGUAACAAAGGAUGGAAGUAGAGCUAUUUAUCUUGCUGCCCAAAAGAAAACUGACACAAAGAUCCUUACUCUAGGAGAGGAUUUGAUUGCAAAGAAUGUCAAGUACCACAACUCCUGCCGAAGGGAUUAUCUUCGCGAAGAACCUGCAGAAUCAGGGUCUCCUUCAAGUAGAAAAACACAUCAGGAAGCAUUCAGAAGACUGUCAAUUUACAUAGAGGGGGAAAUUAUUGCUAACAAAAAGCCCAUGCUGGCAUCAGCACUCCUGAACUUAUACCAGGAAGAGUAUAUAAUUGCUGGUGGUACAGCAACUGAGAUACAGGACUACAGUGUUACAAGUCUACUCACCAAGAUAAAGUCAAGGUUUCCAGACAUUCUUUAUGAUAAGCAUUCCAAAAAAUCCGGAAUGUAUGUGUUUCCAUCCUCUAUGACAGCAGGGGAAGCUAGUGCUAUAAUAAAUUAUUCAGACAAAAAAAUGGAAGGAAUUCGAUCAGCUGCCAUGGCGUUACGUGCUGAAAUUCUUGCAAAGCCAUCACAUAAACACCCAUCUCCUACUUCAGUGCACAUUUUGAAGGAAACUGCACCAUCAAUACCUUCUCUUGUAAUGGUCUUUUUUGACACUUUGAUCAAUGGUAUGCACAAGAAAGCAGAAGGAAAUGAGGAAUCACAAAUGAUGGAUAAAAGGAGUAUAGCAAUGGCAUCAGAUGCAAUGUUUAACUGCACUAGGGGAUCACUUCGUCCAUGGAAACAUCAAGCUCUUGGAUUAGGACUUGGAAGUCUGACUGGCUCCAAAUCAGUACUGACUAUCUUGAACCGGCUGGGUCAUUGUAUUAGCUAUGAUGAGGUGAAGCGCAUAGAAACAGAAAUAGCUUUUGCAUGCUCUGAUGAUCAACGAGAAACCCCAGAUGGAUUAAAUCUACGUGAUGAUCUGGCAACAGCUUGUGCUUGGGACAACUAUGAUGUCAACACAGAGACCCCAGAUGGCUUUAACACAUUACAUUCUACUGUUGGGAUUUGCUACCAAAAUGAAUGUCCACCUGGGUCUUCCUCACCAGUGCCCAAUGUCAACACAGCAGUUUGCAGCGGUGGCCGGCCAAGACGAAGUUUUGAUGGAACAAUGAAGACAAUUUCGCCUUUCCACACAUCCCUAAAAGGUGCCAAAUUCACAUUGGUUCCAUGUACAGAGGCUGAACACAUCAGGGAACUACAGCAGAGCGGCCUUGACUUUAUGUGGUUGCUAUUGUCUUAAGAUCGGAAAUUGCCGCUUUUCAAUGGAUUCUUUGCUAAGUUUAUUACUGACAAUCUCCCUAAAACUGUUAUUGCAUACAUGGACCCCAUUUCAAAACCACCAACAAGGAAUGAUGUUGUACAGGAAACCAUGGUUAGAACACUUAAAGUUGCGAAAGAGAUGAAACAAGACUAUGCCAUAGUUUCAUAUGAUUUGGCUGUUGCUUUGAAAGCAUUUUCCAUUCAAGCUCUCCAAUCCCCAUUAUUUGACAACCUGAUAAUUUUACUGGGGAAUUUCCACCUAGAGAUGGCUUUUUAUGCAGGAAUUGGAACAUUUAUUGCAGACUCUGGGAUUGACUACUUAUUAACUGAAGCUGGAAUCCUGGCCACUGGAUCUCUUGUAGGUUUUUUGAAAGGCAAGUUCUAUAAUCGCU